AUGGGCGAGCGUAAGGUGCUGAACAAGUAUUUUCCACCAGAUUUUGAUCCAUUGCUAGUGCCACGUCGCAAACGACCGAAAAAUCAGCAGGUGGAGGUUCGUAUGAUGUUGCCGUUCUCCAUACAGUGCGCUACCUGUGGCGAGUACAUGUACCGUGGAAAGAAAUUUAACUCGCGCAAGGAAGAGGUAUUAGAGGAAAAUUAUCACGGUAUUCGCAUCUAUCGCUUCUACAUUAAGUGUAUAACGUGCUCGUCUGAAAUCACUUUCAAGACCGACCCCAAGCGCGGAGAUUACGUGGCCGAGCACGGCUGUCAGCGCAAUUUUGAACCCUGGAGAGAAAAUGAGGAUGAAGAAAAAGCAGCCAUCACUCAGCGUGCUGAGGAGGAAAAAGGAGAUGCCAUGAAGGCUCUUGAAAAUCGCACUCUUGACUCCAAGCGUGAGAUGGAUAUAUUAGACGCGCUGGACGAAAUCAAAGCCAUUAACCAGCGUCACGCUAAGGUAGAUACGGACAAAUUGCUGCAGCAACAUGCAGACGUAGGCAAAAUCACCAUUGAGAAAGAAGCUGAACAGCUUAAGGAAGACCGAGAAACAGCUCAUCGUGCGUUUAAGGAAAGGCAAAAGAUGCAACCGAAAACGAUUGCGCCAAAACGAACGGUAGGAGACUUUUGUGAGGGUCCCACGAGACUGAUAUCUGGUGAAGCAAAAGAUGACACUCUAGUGACGCCACCAAUCAAGCUGGUUGUUUCAGUUAAAACAAAGUCGAAUGCAGUUGAUAAGAAGAAGAUAGGUAGGAUAAAGCACCCUGUAAAUCCAGCUCCAAGCUUGGUCGCUGAUUACAGUGACAGUGAAUAA